CAGCCCCUGACGUCAUUGUCGUCCGGCGCCGCUGCCUCCUCUGCCACUCCCGCCGGCCGUUGGGCUGCUUGCCGAAGUCCCGCCCCCAGAUCACCCCCACCUCGGAACCGCUCUAGUGGCGGCGACCCAUGUGGGGGUUCAGGUUCCUGCGGUCCCCGCCGCUGCUCCUCCUGCUGCCGCAGCUCGGAAUCGGAGACGCCUUGUCCUGCCUGCAGGCCAGAACCAUGAACCCGGGCGGCAGCAGUGGUGCACGAUGCUCCUCCGCGGUCGAGGGACGCCGCCAGCAGUGCCUGCAGUUGUCCACUGUGCCAGGAGCCGACCCGCAGCGCACUAACGAGGUGCUCCUGCUGGCGUCAGUGAGAGAGGGAUCAGACCGGCAGGACCUCCCUAGGGAUCCGGCAAAGGAGGAACCGCAACCGCCGCCCCAGCAUCACGUUCUCUAUUUUCCCGGGGAUGUACAGAAUUACCAUGAAAUUAUGACUCGUCAUCCUGAGAAUUACCAGUGGGAAAACUGGAGUCUAGAAAACGUUGCCACCAUUUUAGCCCACCGGUUCCCCAAUAGUUAUAUUUGGGUGAUAAAGUGUUCCCGAAUGCAUUUGCACAAAUUCAGCUGCUAUGACAAUUUUGUGAAAAGCAACAUGUUUGGUGCCCCAGAACACAGUACUGACUUUGGAGCUUUUAAGCACCUUUAUAUGUUAUUGGUUAAUGCUUUUAACUUAAGUCAGAAUGGUUUGCUAUCGAAGAAUGGCAAUGUUUGGAAUAAGGACUCCAAAACAUCUAACUGUAGAUCUAAUUCUUCUCCUACUACUAGUAAUGGUUGCCAGGGAGAAAAAGAGAGGACCUGUGAAAAAUCUAAUGAGUCUGCCCCGAGUUUUAAUCCACCAUCACUAAAUGGUGCAUCUUUUACUUUGAUUGGAUUCAGUAAAGGUUGUGUUGUUUUGAAUCAGUUGCUUUUUGAAUUGAAAGAAGCCAAGAAAGACAAGAACAUAGAUGGUUUCAUCAAAAGCAUAAGAACGAUGUAUUGGCUGGAUGGUGGUCAUUCUGGAGGAAGCAAUACAUGGGUUACAUAUCCAGAAGUCUUGAAAGAAUUUGCACAAACAGGGAUUAUUGUUCAUACCCACGUAACACCUUACCAAGUACGUGAUCCAAUGAGAUCUUGGAUUGGAAAGGAGCACAAGAAAUUUGUUCAGAUACUUGAGGAUUUUGGUAUGCAGGUGACUAGUCAAAUUCAUUUUGCAAAGGAAGCUCCUUCUAUAGAGAAUCACUUUAGGGUUCAUGAGGUAUUUUGAGACUACAAGAAUAUUAAUGUACUUGUUUAGAGGAAAAGCAUAUGCACUUUGAGUGCUGUAAAUUCAGAUAAUGACAUGUAAGAUGCAAUUUAUAAAUGCAUUGUCAGUCUGGGGAUUAGGGAGAAGCACACAUUCCUAAAAUAUGGGUACAAUAUGCAAUAGUAUUCCUUGCUUGUGAUUGUGAACAGUUUUUAAUUUGGAUUGGGUUAGAAUUAGUUAAUUUGAAAUCUAAAAAGGUGGUUUGUGAUAAUCCUAUGAGAAAAUAUAGGACCCUUAAAAAUGAAGGUUAAUGAUAACUAAAAUUGCUGUUGUUGGAAAUCGUUGAUUCUUUGAGUAAUGUUUCAAACAAAAUUUGGUGACAUUAUAACAGCAGUUAGCUAUUUUGGCACUGAAAACUUGAAUGGAAGCACUUCAUUUCUCUUCAGACAAAGCAAAAACACCCUGAUGUUUUCCAUCAUUUUGGAGUAACAAUCCUGCCUCUUAUGUUUUAUAAACUUAUGGAUUCAUUCUUAAUGUGCCACAAGUGUUUUAUUUUCUUGAGAGUCAAAUAUAUUUCCAGUUCUCCAAGAAUGUGCAAUAGCAUAAAGCUGAUUUUUUAAGCUUUACACUUAUACACUGUGGCUUAAUUUUUAAUUGACAGUUUUUAAUUGACUGUUUUGGGGUUUCUUAAAUAUUGGCCAAAAUACAGUUGUUUUUGAAAAUUGGUUUAAAUUGAAUAUAAUUAUAUAUAUAUUUGAUAAAAACAUACUACAGAGUAGAUUUCAAAUUUUCAUUGUAUUAGUAUUUUGAAAGAGAUCAACUUAGGUAAAAUAAAUAUAUAAUACUCUAUCAGCUGCUCUAUUGAAAAGGAAACAGAUUCCAUAGAUCUAAAUCAGUGUUUCUCCAGAAACAUGAUUUUGUCUGCCAAAAGAAAAUAGCUCUCUUUGGCCAAAAUGCAAAAUUACAUUGCUAUAAGAAAAGUUACAAGGGAAAGUUUGAAGACACAAAUGAUUUAAUUUUGGCUCAAAAACUGAAUUUGCUUAACACUACUACAUAAUUUGGGUGAAGUUUCCUUCUGCCCGUUUUUCUUGACCUAGAUAAAUACAUUUUGAGAAACCAAGUUCUAAUGAAUUUUAACCAACAUUGGAAUAUGGCUGUGUGAUUACAAAAGGUGACCUGUCACUUUUUUAUAAUUUAUUAAUAAUGCUUUUGCAGGUCAUGAAAUAACUAAGCAGGGAAGUAAUAUGCUGCUUUAGGACUGAUAAAAGUAAAAUGCUAAAGAUGACUAUCUUAAUGACCCAGAGGACCUAAAUUUAUUAAACAAUAUAAGGCAAAAAUGUUUAUUUAUUGAUUUCUUCCCAGAAUUACAUCUUAAUGACUCUGAAAUACAUUCCAAAUAGAGACUCAUGAGAAAGGAUUCUUAACCAGAUACUUUAAAACAAACAAUUCUAUUAACUGUACAAGAGUAGUAUCUAAAUUUUUAAAAUACCUUCUUUCCAGACCAAAAAUUUCCAUCACAGAAACAAGUUGAACAGAUUCUAAUAUUUUAUGUAUUACCUGCCUUAAAGCGCCAUGAUUGGGUGGCUUUUUUCAAUUUAAUAAUUCUUUUGUUAAAUUCACUUAUAUCUAAUAAAAUAGCUGAGUUACUGAAAUGAGCUAAGAAGGGACAAAGAAAAGGCUUUUCUUUUCACAGGCUUAACUAAACUGGAAAAAUAGGACUUUUAAUAGACAAAUUCAUUUUAAAAUAUGAAAUAUUUGAAUCUGAAUUCAGCUAUCCAGUCACAUGAAUGCUUAAUUAUAAUUGUUAUAUAUCAAAUGGAGGAGAUAUUAAGAAUGACCCACUGGGUACCUAAAACUGCUAUCACAUCAAAGUGAGACAAUAUUGAAAAGUAAAAAUAUUUUCAGAAGUGAAAUAUAUUCUAGUUGAUUCAUAUACAAACAUUUUGUUUGACACUUUAGAUUGGUCCUUUCUCCACAUUUAAAACUGUUAUUGUAAAUGUUAGUAUAUCCUCUUGGAUUGUGCCUUUGUGAUGUAAGAGUCAAUUGAGAAAAGUAGUCCUACAAAUAAUGUGAAAGUUGUUACCACCACAGCAUGAAUGUAUAAUUGUAUUAAAAUUAAUAAUCUACA